CCCCGGCGCACCUGCAGCCUCGGUCGGGGAUGGGGGUAGGGGGGUGUCAGGCUCCCGGCCAGCGCGGCAGAGGCCGCUUACUCUCCACCUUGCCACCUAGAACCUCGGGGCUCGCGGUAGGCGUGUCUUUAGGGAGAAGCUCGCGUCCGGUCUCCAGGGCCCCGGAGGUGGUCGGCCCCGCCUCUUCGCACUUAGGGUCAGGAUGCAAUGUUUCCUUUCCAAAGGAGUGUGUUUGAUCACUUGAAGCGGUGAUUUACGGGCAAAUAUUAAGGAAACAACCAUGUGGCACAGAGCUGGGCAGCGGUCCCCCGAGGGAGGUUCCUGCCGAUCUGUACUGGACCCCACGGCCCCCGUCCCAGUGAGGUCUGCAGCUCCCUCCCGGCGCCCACCUUAGCGCCAGUGUGGGCGUCAGCAGCCCCUCUGGCAGGCAGGGGCCCAGAACCACAGGUCCCUCUGUGCCCCUCCAGACCCCAGGUUAAGGUCGCCGGCCUCCAUGCACAAAGAAAACAGGCAGAGGGACGCGGUGGGGGCAGGGUUGGGGGUGGUGUCCUGAAAUUCUCUCAAAGGUCACAUGUGACCUCACUGUUAUCUCCUCGCCUGAUUUAGGCAGGCAGCCUGGGCAGGGGCUGCAGGGUUAUGAGGUCCGAUCCCUGCCACCAAGGCCAGCCCAAGGCCAGCCUCCAUGCUGCAUCUGACUGGACAGGGACUCUGAUGGGCCAAAGGAGCCCCUCCCUGAAAUAUCUCCACCUGCCACGAAUCUCACCCCAGAACCUCCAGAGACCCCUGCCCCCCCUUCCUAAGACAGAGGAACGGGCUCCUUCCUACAUUAGGUCCCCACCCCCCACCCCAGCAUGCACACAUGCGUAUCUGCCCUGGCCUCUGCCGCUCUGCGCCCGAGUCCUCUGUGUCACACAGCCUGUGCUCUGUACCCCAUCUAGGGAGACCCCCAAGGGCGAUGAGGCUCCCGCCUGGCAGGCCACCCAAGGAAUUCUCUCUCUGCCCCCUUGCCAGUAGCUGGGACAGGAGAUAAAGUUUAUAUGACCCCCUCAAUAGCUACCCUCCUCUCUGCACCCUGAGGGUGAACCUCAUCUGCCCCAGGGAGGGGUCCGAAGCCCGGAACUGCUCUAGCUUGUCCCCCCAGCCCAAAACACGGCUUCUGGUCUGGGCAAACAGCUCCCCACCAGGGCCAAGCGGGUCCUGGGCUGGACUCUGGGGGGGAAGGUGGAGGGAAGACCCUCAGCUCUGUCCCGGGUAGACGGGAACGCCCCCUGGGAUGGGCCCUUCCCACGUAGCCCUUCAGCAUGCCGGGAGGGGGGGGCUCCCCUUCACUGGGUGUAAAGGUGGGGAACCUGAGACUCAGAAUCGUGUUAAAAACAGCUGUCCACCCUUUGUGGGGCAUGAGAGUAAUCAUUUAAAAGGAUCGCCUUCACUCCAGCUCUCCCAGGCAGACCUCACCUGCCUCAGAGAGACCGGAGACGCGGCAAGGCCGGGCACCUGCCAGUCACUGGGGGUUGGACCCGCACCCCACGGCAAGAAGGGCAAACCUGGCUGGCAGUGUGUCCCGAUGCCUGGCGGCACCCCCCCCGCCCCGCCCACAGCAGUCCACGCGCAUGUGCACACACAUACUCAGCGACAGCCCCGCGCCUGCUUUCCACACGAGGCCACAGAACAGAGGCUGGGACACGGCUGCCUGGUGCCCGGCUGGCUCAGGUACACUUGGCCCGGGCUCCAGAGCAGACAGAACCGUCUCAUGGCAGAAUAGGGAGGAUGUCCGGGGAUGGGAUGAGGCGACCAGCCCCGACCUGGGUACCCCUCUCAUCCUUGCCCACCCUUGGUCAGUCGUGCGACCACGGCAACGGGCCCCAGAGCUGCAGGCUCACAUCCCAGGGCUGGCCGGGCUCGUGCGCCUCCCGCCCCCCCAAAGGACCCCAGGACCCACGCGCCCUGCACCAGCUCUUUGCUGCCCUCACCCACGCUGCCCCGUACCUGGAGCCCCGUGGGGGGAUGGGAGCUUACCAGAGGUGCACACGCUCCCACUUACUUGUGAGCUGGGAUUACAGCACAACUCCCUGGGUUAGCCACUCAGGUAACGCUCAUCUGGGGGAAACCCAUGACUCAGCAAUCUUUGGGGUAAAUAAUUGAACCGCAAACCCAGUUUGGCUAAGCAGUCACGUGGUAACCACAAAGCGCUGCCCGCGGUGGGCGCCAGACCUGCCGCGGCCUGGCUCCUGGCUCCGGCUCUGUGUCAGAACCCGCCGUCCACACGUCCCCACGGCUAACAAGCCAGAGAGCUCUGGACGUGCAGGCGGCCGGCAGAGUCGGGCCUUGGAGCGCUGACAAGCCAGGGGCCUCGCUACCCUCCCGCCCACCCAGCCUGUGAGGGGCUCCCCAGGUCUUCCCAGGAUGGACGUGUCCCCCGACCGCGCGCAGCAGGGCGGGGGGCUGGUGCUGGUCCGCCGGCGGCCCCCAGUGCCCCCGGGCCUGCGCGAGAUGCUUAAAGCCAGGCUGUGGCGGGGCUGCGCCUGCAGCACGCGCGGGGCCUGGGCGCUGGCGCAGGACCUGCUCCCCGCCACACGCUGGCUGCGCCGCUACCGCCCGCGGGAGGCCCUGGCGGGCGACGUCAUGUCCGGGCUGGUCAUCGGCAUCAUCCUGGUGCCGCAGGCCAUCGCCUACUCGCUCCUGGCAGGGCUGCAGCCCAUCUACAGUCUGUACACGUCCUUCUUCGCGAACCUCAUCUACUUUCUCAUGGGCACCUCGCGCCACGUGUCCAUGGGAAUCUUCAGCCUGCUCUGCCUCAUGGUGGGCCAGGUGGUGGAACGCGAGCUGCUGCUGGCUGGCUUUGACCCUGCCCGGGACGGCCCGGGGUCCGGGGACAACGGCACCACCCUCAACGCCUCGGCCACACUGGUGCUCGGGCCACGGGACUGCGGGCAGGACUGCUACGCCAUCCGCGUCGCCACCGCCCUCACGCUGGUGGCUGGGAUUUACCAGGGCCGCGGGUCUCUGGGGAGAGGGGACAGUGCCACCCGCAGGACAGGAGCAGGGAGCGGCUUUCCAGCGCCUGGAGCCCGCACGUGUGAGAGAAGCAGAAGCGGGCGUGUCCUCAUGGGCGUCCUCCGGCUGGGCUUCGUGUCCACCUACCUCUCACAGCCCCUGCUCGACGGCUUUGCCAUGGGGGCCUCGGUGACCAUCCUGACCUCCCAGCUGAAGCACCUGCUGGGCGUGAGGGUCCCACGGCACCAGGGGCCGGGCAUGGUGGUCAGCACGUGGCUGAGCCUGCUGCGCGGCGCCGGCCAGGCCAACCUGUGCGACGUGCUCACCAGCGCCGCGUGCCUGGCCGUGCUGCUGGCCGCCAAGGAGCUGUCGGACCGCUGCCGCCACCGCCUGAAGGUGCCGCUGCCCACGGAGCUGCUGGUCAUCGUGGCGGCCACGCUGGCGUCCCACUUCGGACGGCUCCACGAGCGCUUUGGCUCCAGCGUGGCCGGCGACAUCCCCACUGGGUUCGUGGCCCCCCGGCUGCCCGACCCCGGGCUGAUGCGGCGCGUGGUGUUGGACGCCGUGCCCCUGGCGCUGGUGAGCUCCGCCUUCUCCGUGUCCCUGGCGGAGAUGUUCGCCCGGAGCCACGGCUACUCCGUGCGAGCCAACCAGGAGCUGCUGGCCGUGGGCUGCUGUAACGUGCUGCCUGCCUUCUUCCACUGCUUCGCCACCAGCGCCGCCCUGUCCAAGAGCCUGGUGAAGACGGCCACCGGCUGCCACACGCAGCUGUCCAGCGUGGUCAGCGCCGCCGUGGUGCUGCUGGUGCUGCUGGUGCUGGCGCCGCUGUUCCGGGACCUGCAGCGGAGCGUGCUGGCCUGCGUCAUCAUCGUCAGCCUGCGCGGGGCCCUGCGCAAAGCGAGGGACGUCCCGCAGCUGUGGCGGCUCAGCCCGGCCGAUGCGCUGGUCUGGGUGGCCACCGCGGCCACCUGUGUGCUGGUCAGCGUCGAGGCGGGGCUGCUGGCGGGCGUCCUCCUGUCCCUGCUCAGCCUGGCUGGCCGCACGCAACGCCCACGGGCCACCCUGCUCGCUCAGAUUGGGGACUCGGGCUUCUACGAGGACGCCGCGGAGUUCGAGGGCCUGGUCCCUGAGCCGGGCGUGCACGUGUUCCGCUUCGCGGGGCCGCUCUACUACGCCAACAAGGACUUCUUCCUGCGCUCGCUCUACAGACUCACGGGGCUGGAUGCGGGGACGGCGGCCACCGCGAGGAAGGCGCGGGGCCCGGAGGCCAGGGUCAGCGAGGGAGACCCCGUCGAGGGCACGGACCCGGGCCCGGCCAGCAGCACGGCCGCGCGGCUGGUGCCCCCGGCGGCCGGCUUCCACGCGGUGGUCAUCGACUGCGCUCCGCUGCUGUUCCUGGACGCGGCCGGCGUGGCCGCGCUGCGGGGCCUGCGCCGAGAUUACAGGGCCCUGGGCGUCGCGCUGCUCCUGGCCUGCUGCAGUCCCCCCGUGAGGGACACCCUGAGGAGAGGCGGGUUCCUCGGGGACGACCCGGGGACGCGGCCGAGGAGGGGCAGCUGUUCCACAGCGUGCACAGCGCCGUGCAGGCGGCCCGAGCCCGCCACGGGGAGCAGACGGCCACCGACUCCACCCUCUAGCGCGGCCGGUGCCCGACGCCAGCCUGACCGCCCUUCCGGGAGCCCUGGGCAGACAGCCUCAUGCCAUCGGUCACUGACAUCAAUGAGCACAGUCGCCCCUGCCCCCCCCCCCCCGCCCCGCCGCCCCGAGACCGAUGCUGUGCUCUGGAAGAACCAGGGAACACACAAAGGACUCGGACACUUGAACAUCCAGGAACUACGCCUUUGAAACAAGCCACCACAGCCACCCCGGGCCCUGGUGCUGUGUGUACGCGGUGCUGCAGGGUCAGUCUGACGCUGGCUGUCACCGUCUCGUUCGAACAAGGGCCCGAGGCAAUCACGAGGCCUCCCUUGGCCCGCCCGGCCCCAGUCCCACUGGCCACAGCCGGGAGGGUCUGUGUCUCUGGGAGCCCUUCAAACACACACCCAAGUGCUCCUUACAUCUCACGCCUCGGCCAGGCUGAGCUUUGCAAGGCCAAAGGUGGGCGCGAUCGACCCAAGUUCCGCUCAGCCCUCGGGCGGCGCUCCUGCAAAGCCUGGUGGUACCAGGUGCGUGGGCGCACGCUCUCCGGGGCUGGCUCCGGCCACAAAGCUGGCGCAGCGGGACACCCAGCUGACCCCGAGCCUCCGAGUCCUGUCCGGUGGGAAGCCAGCUGUGCCCAAACUCGGGGCUGCCCCGGGAGCCCCCACGGCCCCGCGCGGCCUCCUCCACCGAGGACGUUUUGCCAGGAGGUGUCAGGGCAACAGGACACCCUCUCCGCUCUGCCCCCCAUCACAGCCCACACUGCACCACGCCGUCCUCCCGGACGCUGCCUCCUCUCGGCCUUGGUCUUCGUCUCCAGUAAGGGGGCUCUGCCCAGCUGCCCCCAUCACUCACCUGGCCGUGAUGAGCUCCAGCAGCCAGUGGGUCCGGACCUGCUCGAUGCCGCCGUGGGGGACAGCGCCCACGUAGGCCAUGUUGAGCUGCUGGUCCCAGCUGAGGUCGUACUGGUCAGCCUGGCUGUGAGGCAGUGGGGGACUGGGGACAGAGCAAGGGGGAAUGGGCCAUUAGUCCCCAGGGGCGGGGCGCCAGAACAGCCCCUGCAGCUACAAAUCCAGGGCCCCAGAUUCCCCCGGGACACCAGUCCCCAGCAGCUGGACCCUGGAGUGCCCGCCGAUGAAUCUUACUGUCCCUGAUGUAAUAAAAUGGCCCCUAACGCCAGGAAUGCCA